GGGUAGUUAGUUGGACAACGGCUUUGCCGACAAAACGGGCCCCACAGCAACCAGCUGCCGCACAACAAUUUUUUGGCCAUGUACAUACAUAAAAAAUAAUUAAAUGCAUUAACUAACAAGCGGCUAUUAACAAAAUGCAAUUAGUCAGCAGCAAGUGAAAGUUCAAAAGUUCAAAUUAAAAAAAAGUUGAGAAAAAAAUGCAAAUAAAUAAAAUGCGAAAAUUCAGCGGAAACGGAAAUGCACUUAGCGCCGCCUGAAAGCAGCAGCAGCAGCAACAGCAACAACAACAACAACAGCGCAGCUAAGACAAGCGGCAGGCAGCGGCACGCCUACACACACACACACACGCACACACACACACACAGACAGAGACAGAGACAGAUGCCGCUGUGUUGCGUGUGUGAAAAAUUGCAGCUAGAAAAUUGUUGAGCUUAAGGUGCAGAGUGCAGCAACUGUAACUGGAGCUGGAGCUGGAACUGAAACCAGGAACUGAAGCCAGGAACUGAAACUGGAACUGGAACUGGAACUGGAGCUGGAGCAUAUAAAUAUAUAAUUAAUUUUCAUACGCCGCGUUCACACUUCAAGCAUUCAAAAUUCAUCGUCUAAGCAAAGCGGAUGCAGCCAAGCGCGCGAGCAAUUGAAAGAAUUUAACAUAGAACCAAUACAAAAAAAAAAGCCAAUCAAAACGUGCAUAUCAAUCUAGAGCAGACAAACCAAAGAAAUCCAAUCAAACGAAGCAUUUAACAGGACAGCCACAACAACAACCAGAACAACAACAACAGCAGCAGCAGCAGCAACAACAACAACUACACAGACAACAAUAACAACAACAAGAACAACAACUGCGUGGGUGCAUGCCGCGGAUGAGCCGCGGAUUAUGUCACGUGACGAUUAUAAUCCAGUGAAUAGCUCUGGUGUGCGCAGUCCGGGUCGCGUGCGUCGGCUCCAGGAAUUGCCAACGGUCGAUCGCUCACCAUCACGGGAUUACGGCGCACGCGGAAGUCCAUUAGCAAUGGGCAGUCCAUACUACCGCGACAUGGAUGAGCCAACCAGUCCCGCCGGUGCGGGACACCAUCGCAGCCGCAGCGCCAGCAGACCACCGAUGUCACAUGCCAUGGACUAUCCAAGAACCCGCUAUCAGUCGCUCGAUCGCGGCGGCCUUGUGGAUCCGCAUGAACGUGAAUUCAUUCCCAUACGAGAGCCGCGUGAUCGCUCCCGGGACAGAUCCCUGGAAAGAGGACUCUACCUGGAGGACGAACUGUACGGCCGUUCGGCGCGACAAAGUCCCAAUGCGCUAGGAGGCUAUAACACGGGCAUGCCCACAUCGGAUCGUGCCUAUCUGGGGGAUUUGCAGCAUCAGAAUACGGAUCUGCAGCGUGAGCUGGGCAAUCUGAAGCGCGAGCUGGAGCUGACGAAUCAAAAGCUGGGCAGCUCGAUGCACAGCAUCAAGACCUUCUGGUCGCCGGAGCUGAAGAAGGAGCGGGCGCUGCGCAAGGAGGAGAGCGCCAAGUACAGUCUGAUCAACGAUCAGUUAAAGCUGCUCAGCACUGAGAAUCAGAAACAAGCGAUGCUCGUGCGUCAGCUGGAGGAGGAGCUGCGUCUGCGCAUGCGCCAGCCCAAUCUCGAGAUGCAGCAGCAAAUGGAGGCCAUCUACGCGGAGAACGAUCAUCUGCAGCGCGAGAUCAGCAUAUUGCGCGAGACCAUCAAGGAUCUCGAGUGCCGUGUGGAAACCCAAAAGCAGACGCUUAUCGCGCGCGACGAGAGCAUCAAGAAGCUGCUCGAAAUGCUGCAGGCCAAGGGCAUGGGCAAAGAGGAGGAGCGCCAAAUGUUCCAGCAAAUGCAGGCGAUGGCACAGAAACAGAUGUACAAUAACUUCACGGGCGCCAGCGGAAGCCCCCCACUGCCCGAUAUCAUUGGACAAUAUUACGGACCAGUCACAGCCGGCGGCUACGGUGGACCGGGAAUAACAACAACAACAACAAACUUGCUCAACGGUGGCUAUGGCAAUGCCUAUGAGCUGUACGGGCCAUCAAGUUCGACGGGCUAUUUGUAUGAUCCACAGGCCGCCGCCGCCGCCGCCGCUGCCGCUGCACAGAUCUACGGACAGCAGACAUCGCCGAUACGCCGGAGACGUUACAGCAUUGCCGGUCUGCCAUCGGCGACCAUGUACAACGAUGUCUAUGGUUAUCCGGCGCCAACGUUGCAACAGACUAGCUCCUCGAACAUUGUCAAUCUGCUGAACGAGGCGAACAAAUCGAUAUCGCGCUCAUCACAGAUCCUGAACUUGAGCCACCAGGCCAGGCAGCUGGGCGGUGGGCAGUGCCAGCUGCAUCAGCAGCAGCAGCAGGUGGUGACAACACCGCUGUCCGGCCGUGUGGUAUCCAGUUAUCCGACGCUGCAUGGUGGCGAUUAUUCGCCGCCGUAUCUAAACGAUAACCUGCUGCAAAUGUCGACGAGCUUCUCAUCCCAGCCCAAUAUGUACUUCCAGCCGCAGCAGCCGACGCAGCUGACGGCCGCACAAAGUGCCGCUGCGGCGGCUGCACGACUGCGACCCGCCUACUCCGUAUCGAAUCUUGUCGGUGGCUAUUUGCCAGCCAGCUGCAAGUACGGCGCAACGGGUUACGCAAAUCCCUAUCAAAGCGAUCUAACCGGCUACGGUCUCGGUCUGGGUUCGGGUCUCGGCUCGAAUCUGGGCCUAGGCCUGCCGGCAUCACAACAGCGCCAGCUCAUGUCACACUCACUGCAUGCCUCCAAUCCCGCCAUAACGCAGUACUAUCAGCAGCAUUCGAUGCCACCGCCGGCCAGCUCGACGCUGGCCUACAAUCUGCAUCAGCAGUUCGCCGGCACUCAGCAACAGCAGCAGCAGCAACAGCAGCAGGCAGCACAUUCGCAUAUACAGGCCUCGGUGCAGCAGCAGAUGAACCCGCAGUAUCAGUAUCAUGUGCAUCAGCACCAGAAUCAUAUGCAAACCCAUCCGCUGGCAUCGCUGGCCAAUACGAGCGGCCCAUUUGGCGGUACGCUGGCGAGCAGCGCUCGAGAUAUUGGCGUCGGCUACGAACCGCUGCAUCAUUCGUCGCAUUUGGGGUCGCAUCAUUAUUCGCAUCCGCAUCCGCAUACGCAUCAUCAUCAUCAUUUAGCCGGCGGGCUGCAUGGCCCACCAUAUUCGCACACGCAUCAUCAGCAGCAGCUACAACAACUACAACAACAACAACAACAACACCAUCAUCAUCACCAUUUGCCAUACUCGAAACUAGACUUAGAUUACCCGAAACUGCCGCAUGAGCAUAAGCGACAAUUGGACGAAUUUCGUCUUGAAAUCCAAAGAAGGGAUCAAGAGAUCUUGGCGAUGGCGGCCAAAAUGAAAACGCUCGAGGAGCAGCAUCAGGACUAUCAGCGGCACAUAGCGGUGCUCAAGGAGUCGCUAUGUGCCAAAGAGGAGCACUACAAUAUGCUGCAGACGGACGUCGAGGAGAUGCGCGCCCGGCUCGAGGAGAAGAAUCGCCUCAUCGAGAAGAAGACACAGGGCACCCUGCACACGGUCCAGGAGCGAAAUCGUUUGACCAGCGAACUAACCGAGCUCAAGGAUCACAUGGACAUUAAGGAUCGCAAGAUCAGUGUGCUGCAGCGCAAGAUUGAGAACCUGGAGGAUUUGCUGAAGGAGAAGGAUAACCAGGUGGACAUGGCCCGUGCUCGGCUCUCGGCCAUGCAGGCCCACCACAGCAGCUCCGAGGGUGCAUUGACCAGCCUGGAGGAGGCCAUCGGCGACAAGGAGAAGCAAAUGGCGCAGCUGCGCGAGCAGAGGGAUCGCGCCGAGCACGAAAAGCAGGAGGAGCGCGAUCUGCACGAACGCGAGGUGGCCGACUACAAAAUGAAGCUGCGCGCCGCCGAAAGCGAUGUGGAGAAGCUGCAGACACGACUCGAACGGGCCGUCAACGAGCGGGAACGGCUCGAGAUCAAGCUGGAGGCAUCGCAAAGCGAACUGGGCAAAUCGAAGGCGGAACUGGAGAAGGCCACCUGCGAGAUGGGACGCAGCAGCGCCGAUUGGGAGUCGACAAAGCAGCGGAUCGCACGCCUCGAGCUGGAGAACGAGCGGCUGAAACACGAUCUGGAACGUUCGCAGAUGCAGCUAGAAGAACAGACCACACUACACAAAACGACAUUCGGACGCACCACAAUGACCACAUCCCAGGAGCUGGAUCGGGCGCAGGAGCGCGCGGACAAGGCUGCCGCCGAGCUGCGACGCACUCAGGCCGAGCUGAGAGUGACACAGGGCGAAACUGACAAACGUUUUUCGGACGCGGAGCGCGCACGCGAAGAAGCCGCCGCCCUGCAGGAGAAAUUGGAGAAGAGCCAGGGCGAAGUGUACCGGCUGAAGGCGAAGCUGGAGAACGCCCAGGGCGAGCAGGAGAGUCUGCGCCAGGAGCUGGAGAAGGCGCAGAGCGGCGUCUCGCGUAUACACGCCGAUCGCGAUCGGGCGUUCGCCGAGGUGGAGAAGAUCAAGGAGGAAAUGGAGCGCACGCAGGCAACGCUGGGCAAGGCGCAGCUGCAGCACGAGAAGCUGCAAAACACGCUGGACAAGGCACAGAACGAGGUCGAUCAUCUGCAGGAUAAACUAGACAAGGCCGGCACCGAGAAUCGACGUCUCGUGCUCGAAAAGGAGAAGCUCACCUAUGACUACGAUAAUCUCCAAUCGCAGCUGGACAAGGCGCUCGGCCAGGCGGCGCGCAUGCAGAAGGAACGCGAAACUCUUACACUGGAUACGGAUCGCAUACGCGAGAAGCUUGAGAAGACGCAGAUGCAGCUAGCGCGCAUACAAAAGGAAAGGGAUCAGUUCUCCGAUGAACUGGAAACGCUCAAGGAGCGCUCGGAAUCCUCCCAGACGCUGCUCAUGAAGGCCGCACGAGAUCGUGAGGCGAUGCAAACCGAUCUGGAAGUACUUAAAGAGCGCUAUGAGAAAUCGCAUGCCAUACAGCAGAAACUGCAGAUGGAGCGCGAUGAUGCUGUCACCGAGGUGGAAAUACUCAAGGAGAAACUGGACAAGGCUCUGUAUGCCAGCCAGAAGCUCAUCGACGAGAAGGACACCUCCAACAAGGAGUUCGAGAAGAUGCUGGAGAAGUACGAUCGUGCUCAAAACGAGAUCUAUCGCCUGCAGUCGCGCUGCGAUACCGCUGAGGCGGAUCGCGCCCGACUCGAGGUGGAGGCCGAACGUUCCGGUUUGGCCGCCUCCAAAGCGCGCGAGGAUCUGCGCAAGCUGCAGGACGAAAGCACACGGCUGCAGGAGGCCUGCGAUCGUGCCGCCCUGCAGCUCAGUCGCGCCAAGGAGUGCGAGGAUAAUGCGCGCGCCGAACUGGAGCACAAUCGGGAUCGGUUCGACAAGAUGCAAACGGACAUACGACGCGCCCAGGGCGAAAAGGAGCACUUCCAAUCGGAGCUGGAGCGCGUCACCUACGAGCUGGAGCGCGCCCAUGCGGCACAGACCAAAGCGGCCGCCAGCGUGGAGGCCGCCAAGGAGGAGGCAGCCCACUAUGCCGUCGAGCUGGAGAAGCUGCGCGAGCGCUUCGAGAAGAAUCAGGUGGAGCUGCGCAAGCUGCAGGACACAGACACCUUUGGACGUGAGACGCGUCGCCUCAAGGAGGAGAACGAACGGUUGCGCGAGAAGCUGGACAAGACGCUCAUGGAGCUGGAGACGAUACGCGGCAAGUCGCAGUACGAGUCGGAAUCCUUUGAGAAAUACAAGGACAAGUAUGAGAAGAUCGAGACCGAAAUACAGAACAUGGAGACGAAGCUGCACGAGACCAGUCUGCAGCUCGAGCUGUCCAAGGGCGAGGUCGCUAAAUUGCUGGCCAACCAGGACAAACAGCGCAGCGAGCUGGAGCGUGCCCACAUUGAGCGAGAGAAGGCGCGGGACAAGCACGAGAAACUGCUGAAGGAGGUCGAUCGUUUGCGCCUGCAACAGUCCUCGGUGAGCCCCGGCGAGCCGGUGCGCUCGUCCGCCGCGAUCUCUGCGGGCGAGCGACAGGAGAUCGAUCGGCUGCGUGAUCGCCUCGAGAAGGCGCUGCAGUCGCGCGAUGCUACCGAACUGGAGGCCGGUCGCUUGGCCAAGGAACUGGAGAAGGCACAAAUGCAUUUGGCCAAACAGCAGGAGAAUACCGAGUCCACGCGCAUCGAAUUCGAGCGCAUGGGCGCCGAGCUUGGACGCCUGCACGAUCGUCUCGAGAAAUCCGAAUCGGAAAAGGAAAGUCUGCGACAAGGCAGUCGCGGCGCCGGUGCCGGUGCCGCUGGCGGCGCCCAUCCACAGCUGGAGAAGCACGUCCAAAAGCUGGAGAACGAUGUCAAACAGCUGGCCAUGGAGCGCGAACAGCUUGUGCUGCAGCUGGAAAAGAGUCAGGAGAUACUGAUGAACUUCCAGAAGGAGCUGCAAAACGCCGAACAGGAAUUGCAAAAGACGCGCGAGGAGAAUCGCAAGCUGCGCAACGGCCAGCCCGUUGCACCAGCCGCACCCGCCGAAAUUCAGGCCAUGCAAAAAGAGAUCCAAACGCUGCAGCAGAAGCUGCAGGAAUCGGAGCGCGCCCUGGCAGCGGCGGGACCACAACAACAGCAGGCAGCGGCAGCUGCAGCGGGCGCCAGUCGCGAGGAGAUCGAACAAUGGCGCAAGGUUAUCGAGCAGGAGAAGAAUCGCGCCGACAUGGCCGACAAGGCUGCCCAGGAGAUGCACAAGCGCAUACAGCUGAUGGACCAACACAUCAAGGAUCAGCACGCCCAGAUGCAAAAGAUGCAGCAGCAGAUGACGCAACAGCAGCAGCAGGCGGCGCAGCAGGCGCAGCAGCAGCAGCAAACGGCGGCAGCCAGCGGCGGCGUCGAUGCCAAGGAGCUUGAAAAGGUCAAAGUUGAACUGCAGGCGGCCUGCACGGAGCGGGAUCGCUUCCAGCAGCAGCUGGAGCUAUUGGUGCAGGAGCUCGAAAAGAGCCAGCUGUCCAAUCAGGAGCAGGCGAAGCAGCUGCAGACGGCGCAGCAGCAGGUGCAGCAGCUGCAACAGCAAAUACAACAGCUGCAGCAGCAAAUGCAGCAGCUGCAGCAGGCGGGCAGCGCGGGCGCCGCGGCAACAGACGUGCAGCGGCAGCAACUGGAGCAGCAGCAGAAGCAGCUGGAGGAGGUGCGCAGACAGAUCGACAACCAGGCGAAGGCCACCGAAGGCGAGCGCAAGAUAAUCGACGAGCAGCGCAAACAGAUCGAGGCCAAGCGCAAGGAUAUCGAGGACAAGGAAAAGAAAAUGGCCGAGUUCGAUGUGCAGCUGCGCAAGCGAAAGGAGCAAAUGGAUCAGCUGGAAAAGUCGUUGCAGACACAGGGCGGCGGCGCAGCGGCCGCCGGCGAGCUCAACAAAAAGCUAAUGGACACGCAGCGGCAGCUCGAGGCCUGCGUCAAGGAACUGCAAAACACAAAAGAGGAGCACAAGAAGGCGGCAACCGAAACGGAGCGCCUGCUGCAAUUGGUACAAAUGUCACAGGAGGAGCAAAAUGCCAAAGAGAAGACCAUUAUGGAUUUGCAACAAGCCUUAAAGAUCGCUCAAGCCAAAGUCAAACAAGCACAAACACAACAGCAGCAGCAGCAGGAUGCUGGACCCGCUGGCUUCUUGAAGAGCUUCUUCUAAAUCGAAAGCGUAUAAGUACUUGUGUCGCCCGCAAGUAUAAGUACAAGCCUAACACAACAAAUAACAGCACUGUCUACUAUUUUGUAUACUACCGAUUACCGAUAUACCGACUAUGCAGUAUUUCUUCUACUACUAUGUACCACACACACACACACACGUGAACACACACACACACACACACAUUUGUAAAUGACAUAUGUAAAUGCAAGCAAAUUAUUUGAUAUUUAUUAUAUUGUAAUUAGGUUGCCGCUAUACUCAAAUUAUGAAUGCAUUUAUCUAAAUGUCAGAUCGGUUCGUAAAGCGUAAUUUGUAACUCUCUCCAUUUCGAACUUCAACUUAACCUAAACUUAAACUCUCCCUCUCAAUCGAUUUCGACCCCCUCUCUCCCACACUCUCACUCCCUCUCUCUCUCUCUCUCUCUCUGUCUCUUUUGCUCUCGCUGUCUAGUUAACUGUUGAUCUUCGAAUUUCACCGACUUAUACGCUGUAAAGUAGACUACACUUUCCCGGCACCGGCUCGAAUUGUACUCGAAUUGAGCUUACACGACAUCCGAUACCCUGUAAAUGAUCAAUUUUAUACAUUUUUUCAAAGUUCUUACAAAAUAUUUUCAAUUUUUCAAGUUGUGUAAACUCAAAUUUGAGUUGGUUUUUUCUCGGCACAGCUCUGUCCGCACGAUCCUUAGUUUUGCAUACGGCGCGAAUGUGAUUCACAAAAGCAAAAAAAAAAGAAAAGCGAAACAAAUGAAUAAAUAAAAAUAAUUAUUAAAUAUACAUGCAUAAAUACUACGUAUAAAUU